GAUAGCGGAAACCGGAUGAUAUCCUGAUUGUAAUUAUUUUAUUUUAAUUGUCGUUUCAGAAAUUCACUGAUGCUGUAAAUCACCAGAUAAACACCGCGUCCAAAAAAGUUUGAUCGUGUUAAUUCCAAAAUCAUGGAAGGGAAGUUUACUACUUUCGAUCAGUCUAAUUUGACAAAUUGUACUGUUAUAUCCAGUAUUGAAGGCAGUCGUUGUAUCGUAGCUCUCUAUACUCUGUUGAAUGCUCUAUCAGGGGUAUUGUCAGUGGCUGGGAAUUCAUUAGUUCUCGUUGCUGUUUACAAGACUCACAGCUUACAAGUCGUAUCCAACUUCUUCAUAUGUUCUCUUGCUAUGGCAGACCUUAUGGUAGGACUUUUAGCAAAUCCAAUGAAUAUCGUCAUGACCAAUCUAGCUUUAUGGGGAACAGACAAGCCUUUAGACAAGGCUAGUGACUUUUUAUGGCCGCAGACUUUGAUAACUACAACUUUUAAUCUAACUGCUAUUAGCAUUGAUCGACUUAUUGCAGUCAAAUGGCCUCUGAGGUACAGUAGUUUGAUGACCACCAGAGUCUCGUAUUUUGUCAUUGCGUUUGUCUGGAUCAGCUCCAUACUUUUUGGUCUCCCUGUAUUUAUCUUAGAGUCAAGCCUUCUUGUUCCUUACUGGGCUGUAUGCUCAGUCUUAACUUUCUUUAUUCCUCUGACUUCAAUCUUUUACUGCUAUAUAAAAAUCCUCAGAAUCUCACACCGACAACUACGAACAAUGGCGUUUUCAACAAACGGCUCUUUCCAAGUGAAUCUGGAGGAAAAGCUCCAAGCCCUUAAGAACCGUAAAGCUGUAUUUACUCUCAGUGCUAUCACAACGGUAUUUUUAAUAUCCUUUUUCCCCAGUCUGAUUUGUUCAAUUUUAUUCGCCAUUACACAAGACUGCAAGAGGAAGAACGUUAUUCUCGAUUGCUGGAUCUGGUUUAUUUUCCUAAUGUACACAAGUUCUUUUUUCAAUCCGUUGAUUUAUGGACUCAGAAGCAAAGGUUUCCGUACUGUUUUCAGACRUUUUUUACAUCAAAUUUUUACACCACAUUUUAAACGGUUUUAG